UACAAGAACCAGAAGAAGUGUUAUGUGCGGAUAAUACUGUUAUAGAGUGACUCUGGUUAACUUGUUGAAUCAGAUAUUGUUCAAACUUCUUAUUGUGUUGACGUGGAUUUAAGUACAAAAAAUUUCUGUUGGUGAAGAAAGAACCUUUUAAUUUCGAAUGUGAUAGUCUCACCGACAAAAAUUGUUUUCUUUUCGAAAGUUCUAUUUUGUAAUAAUUCAGGAAGUCUGGCCCACAUAAUACACGCAUUUUUAGUGUGCCAAUAAAGUAAAUUAAUUAUUAUUCAGUGCGAAUCAAUGUGAUCAGCGGUACAUACACACCACAGUGUUAUAUAUACGUUAAUCGACAUAAAAUUCUCCGUUGUUCUAUUUUGGUUCUCUCAUUCGUGUCGCCGUUUUUUUUUCUUGUAAUUUAACGAAUUAAAAAUUGGGUCACUGGAACUAUACAAACCGAAAGAUGAAUCUUCAAAUUAUCAUAUUCAUCGCCAUCGUUUCGGUGGAUAAAUCCUGGCAACAUUCGACACAACGACCUAGUAGUGAUGACGAUGAUUCAAAUCCGUUUCUGGACAUGGCAACCACAUUUCUCCAGGAAACGAUAGCCAAUCAGAAUGGUGGUGGCAAUGGCCUGGGCGGAAUUGCUUCGUUGAUCGGUAAUAUGAUGCAACCGGAUGGUGCUGCUGGUAAAUCGGAUGGAGGCGGUAUCGGUGCCGCUCAGAUCAUAUCCGGAAUAGGAAGUUUAAUGGCUAAUAGUGGUGGAAGUGGUGGUGGAUUCGAUCCGUCGAUCAUUAGUAAUGUGUUGGAAAUGUUUACCAGCAGCAAUUCGGAUACGGAUGCCAAUGGCAGACAGAAACGUUCAAACGACGCCCAGAAUGGAGGCAUUGGUAUCGAUACGAUAAUCAAUAUUGCGUCAGCGUUUAUUAAUACGAAUAAGGAACAAGGUCGUGGUAGUAAUGAUGCUCAAGACGGGUUGAUGAGUUUAUUGCCGAUGGUUGUGCAGGCGUACAAUUCGUUUACGGGACCUGAAGGUGAUGAAAUUCAUGCCAAACAUAAGGAACACGCCUGGGUCUUACCGCCGUUCUUAGAGAAAAUUCACGUGAUUUGGGAUCAUUUCUCGAAUUCCGAAUUGGCUGAAGCAUUGUGGAAAAAGUCGGGCGUACAUUCAAUAUUCAAGGGUUUCACCGGUCGUGAUGGUAAAUUAGAUUACGACAGACUAUUCAGCUCGCUGCACAAUCAGUCGUUCAGACGAAGAUGGCUAAAGACAUUCAUUCUGUACAUGGCAGAUUGGGCAAAUUAUAUUGCGGAUCCAGCGGUUUAUCAACGUUACUUUGGCACGGCUCAACUGAUGUUCAACGGAUUCUUACAGUCCCAAGGCAUUCCCAAGCACGCCCUGUUCGAUCCGACCCGACCCAGCGAAACGCUAUCAACAUUGGUCGAUCACGUAUCGCGACAACAUUUAAAUGCGAAAAUCGCAUCAAUCACCUACGUGAAGCCAGCGGUAAAUUACGUCAAAGAUUUGUUUAAAUUGGGCAAAGCCAGAGGAUUACUGCAAAAGUUCAACGCCACAGAGCUGAGCGAUAAAUUAACCGAUACUGUCAAUUUAGAGGUCAUAGAACCUGUUCUAAAGGUUCAUCGUGCCUAUAGAUUUGCUACGCGUACACCACAUUGUGAUAAAUAUGUUAUGUGUGAAUUGAAUUCACACGAUCCGAACGAACAAUUAGGUUUGGCCGGCAUUAAGCCGGGUAUUACGAAAUUCGGUAGUAUGGCGGCUGCAUGGUUUAUUAGUUCAGAAACUGGAACACCAUUUUGGACAUUGUUUGGCGUGAUCAACGAACCAUAUAAUUGUCAGGUACGAUUCCCGGUAGACUGUGCAGAUUUCCAUGACGGUGAAGCAAAGGUGACAACGGAAUACAUUCAUAAUGAGCUCUAAUUACGAGAC